AUGUACUCGAACCUCGGAGACUACGCAGUCUCAGCCAACGACAGUUGGCCCGAUAAAGAGCAGGCCGUGUCAUCCCGCUUACAUCUGAGACAUUUUUUUCCAACGGGGAGCACAAUGAAUGGAGUGGUCACAAAACCCAUGCCUGCGUUCGCCGUUAGCGACUACCCCUUCCUCCCAUCACUUCUCCUUACCAAAACUCCGCUCCUGGACUUGCCCAACGUCUGGUCAAACUCCACCCUCGUGCAAUGA